CAGCAGAGCACUAGGAGAACAGCAGGCCCACAUCAUUCUGGCUUUGGCGUUUGCUCUGAGUGAGCCAUGAAAGACACGCCUGCUUCCCCUUCACCUUCCACCAUGAUUGUAAGUUUCCUGAGGCCCCCCAGCCAUGCUUCCUGUACAACCUGCAGAACCGUCUGCUUGCAUGCAUCUCAUUUCAAUGGCUACGUCACGAACACCUGCAAGAAACUAUAAUACAUUACGAGGAAUUGGCCAUGUGGCAGUUUUGUAGAAUUUUACAUCUACCGAUGGCAAGCUAACCCAGGAGAUAGUAUACUCCUGUACACUGCUGAUUCUGCUGGAAGGAUCACAGAUUUCCCUGCCAAAUGGACAAUCUCACAAAAGUGACAGAAUUCCUGCUGAUGGAGUUUUCUGGUAUCUGGGAGCUGCAGGUGCUGCACGCCGGGCUGUUUCUGCUGAUUUAUCUGGCAGCACUGGUGGGGAACCUGCUCAUCAUUGCGGUCAUCACUCUCGAUCAGCAUCUUCACACACCCAUGUACUUCUUCCUGAAGAACCUCUCCGUUUUGGAUCUGUGCUAUAUCUCAGUCACUGUGCCUAAAUCCGUCCGUAACUCCAUGACUCGCAGAAGCUCCAUCUCUUAUCUUGGCUGUGUGGCUCAAGUCUAUUUUUUCUUUGCCUUUGCAUCUGCUGAGCUGGCCUUCCUUACUGUCAUGUCUUAUGACCGCUAUGUUGCCAUUUGCCACCCCCUCCAAUACAGAGUCGUGAUGACAUCAGGAAGGUGCUAUCAGAUGGCAGUCACCACCUGGCUAAGCUGCUUUUCCUACGCAGCCGUCCACACUGGCAACAUGUUUCGGGAGCACGUUUGCAGAUCCAAUGUGAUCCACCAGUUCUUCUGUGACAUCCCUCAUGUGUUGGCCCUGGUUUCCUGUGAGGUUUUCUUUGUAGAGUUUUUGACCCUGGCCCUGAGCUCAUGCUUGGUUCUGGGAUGCUUUAUCCUCAUGAUGAUCUCCUAUUUCCAAAUCUUCUCAACGGUGCUCAGAAUCCCUUCAGGACAGAGUCGAGCAAAAGCCUUCUCCACCUGCUCCCCCCAGCUCAUUGUCAUCAUGCUCUUUCUUACCACAGGGCUCUUUGCUGCCUUAGGACCAAUUGCAAAAACUCUGUCCAUUCAGGAUUUAGUGAUUGCUCUGACAUACACAGUUUUGCCUCCCUUCCUCAAUCCCAUCAUAUAUAGUCUUAGGAAUAAGGAGAUUAAAACAGCCAUGUGGAGACUCUUUGUGAAGAUAUAUUUUCUGCAAAAGUAGAACAUCCUGGUCUUUACUGUAGAAGAUCUGCAACAAAACCCCAAAAAAGCAUAAAUACUUUAUGACAAAAAAAGAUGAAAAAAUUGUUGAUGAAAUGAUGAAAAAUCCUGAAAAAAAAACCUGUUGAAUGGGAGAAAGACAAUAUUUGCACUACUAUAUGUAGAUAGAAAUGCAAAUGUUUCUUCAAAAACUAAAAGUAUAAAAGUACCUUCAUAAAAUAUUUCAAGGUUGUGUAACUGCAGCUUGUUGUGGUGAUUUAUUCCUUCCCGUUCCACACAUGUCUGAACUGCUUUAAUUACCUCAUCUUGAACCUGUAGCCUUGCACUCCUGUUAGUAUGAAUUUUUUGGAAGAGGACACACACAUACACACAUACACACACACACGCACACAGUUUUAGUACCUGAUUUAGCCAGUCAACAAAAAAGAACAUAAAACAAGCAGAAGGGUUAUUAGAACAGGAACGUAUGUUUUAGAUUUUGCCAAAUAUUUUAAGGAUAUUUCUCUUUCACUUAGUUAUUUUUAGAAAUCUGUCAGGAAAUUAACACAAUUUCCAUCAAUGCAUCUACUGAGAUUGUCACUGAGUGCCUCAGUUUCUGUAUUUGUGUUAGUAUUCAAUGUGUUGAUGGAAACAGAGCUCUUUCCUGGGUCUUAGUGCCUCAGUUUCUACACCUGUGUUAAUAUUCAAUGUGUUAAUACAAACGGAGCUCUUUCCUGGGUCUGAGUUCUUGGUCACUGCUGGUGAUUAUCAUCAUCGCCAUUGUCAUUAUUUUGUCAGAACACCUGAGCAUGAGUCCCUUGGCACAUGGGCUGUCUGCCAUCCUCAGGUGCCUGGGCUCGUGAAAUGUACGCUGGCUAUUCCUGAUUUUCACUUGAUGGGAUGGGAAGAGGAUUCUUGGAAACACUGAUAUUCUUAGUUGGUUCAUGAUAAGAGUCUUGGUGUGUGAACUGUCAUUAGCCCAUUGCAGUUGUGCGUGAGGCUGACCUCUCCAUUAGGCACUGGACUUUACAUCCCAAAUCUCACUUUUACUUUCCAGAGAGAUUGCAAACAAUUGGGAAAAUACAAUAAAACAUAAAAUUCUGUAAAUAUAAUUCUUCGAUAUGCUUCCAAAUAAAAAUUUGUAAAAUUAUUUUUUCUCAUUUUUAUUUAACUAUGCUUUUGUAGUUAUCAAUGUAAUAGAUGUUUAUUGCUUUAAAUGUCUUUCUUAAAAACUGUCCUGCUUUAAUUUUAUAAAACAAGGAAAAAAAGUUACUCAAAGUGCUACAACACAGGAGAAAGAAUUCUUUGCUUAGACCUACCUAUUUGCAACUAUUUUAUGUAAAAUUUUACUUGAAUGCUUAAUAUGUGUUUUUUUCUGUUCUUGAAAGUACAUUUAAAACAUUAAAUAUUGUUUAUAAUUCUAAAUGAAUGUAAAUGUUUUAUUGCAUAAUAAAACCUUUGUUAUUAAGCUAUCACUGUUUUUCUCUCAUAAGAUGAACAUCUAAAACUAUAAGAUAAUUUGCCAUGGAUUAAUAUUUUUACUUAAAUACAGUCCUAGAUAAGCAAGUACUUUCACCCUCAGUCUUAUGACCCUGAUGUCAGAGAAGCCAAUGGCCCAGGAUGGGGAAAAUGUGCUAGCUUUCUUCAGCUUCUAGACCUGAAAUUUAUGGAGGUGGACUCAGGACCAGCUAUACCUGAUAAGGCUCAAAUGACACCUGUCCCACCAGAGCAGGUGUGAGUGUUCCUGAGUGACUACUCAGGGUUCUUGAGGUCAAGGACUAUUUUAAGGGAAUUUUAGGGAGCAAAUUGACUCAUCACUUAAUGAAAGAGGUAACAGGGCUUCUAAGAAAGACAAGCACAUUAUAAAUGGUUUUUAAUCCCUUUUAAUAUUAAGUAGUAUAAUAAAGCACAUAGUAUAAUCUAGCAUAUAGCUAUAUUACGUAUAUCAUAUUAGUACUAAACAUACUAAUAUAUAUUAUAACAUAUAUUAUAUUAGUACUAAACAUCAAGCGACAGAACAUCACCUUCACGGAAGCCCUCUUGCCACUCCUCCCAAUCAGCACACACUCCCCACCAAAAAUAUUAACAUUAUUCUAUUUUUUUAAUGCUUACAUUGAACUUUAAGUAUUCAGAAAAGCUGCAAAAUUUGUACAGAGUUUUUAUGUAGUGCUCACCCAGCUUCUCCUAAUUUUAUACAGAGUUUCACUUAUGUACUUGUGUCAUUCAUAUUUUUCUUGAUCCAGAGCCCCUGGCAUUCAACAUUUCCAUUAAGUAAAUUUCUAGGGUUAUACCAUUUGGGGCAGGAGUAGCUGCCCACCUACAUGAAGUAGUUACAAGGAUCAGGAUCUAACAGCUUUUUAUACAAAUUUUAGACAAGCCUCCUAUUUGAACUGUUUAGAGGUACUUGAUUACUUCAACUUCGAGCUUUUGGAGGGAUUCUUCUAGUAUAAUUCUGCAAGCUUCUGAGCUUCUUCUAUGACCACAUUAAUAUUCAGCUUUUUUAGAUCUAAGAAGUCCAAUUCUAAUUAUUUUUUUUUCAGCCUCCAAAAAUUUCUUGCUGUUAUCUUCUUUCCCAAACUCUUGGCCUUUGUGUAUUUAUGCUUUAAAUAUAAUAGUUCCUUCAGACAAUGGUAAAAACUCUUGUCUAAAAAAAGAAAUCUGAAAAUUUCUUGUGUUCUCUGCCUUUAUUUUUGAAUGAUACUUUAGCUGGAUUUAGAAUUAAGGCUUUGUAGGUAACCUGAAAUUAUUUCAUAGCACAUACAACAACUAUAAUUAAUGAAAUAUGUGUGUAAUUUAAAAAUAGAAUUAAAACUUCAUAAAUUUCUUAACAUUUUCCUUUGAGACUUCCUGUUUGUCCUGUGGAUUAUUUACAAACAUAUUGUUUAAUUUCCAAGUAGUUACAGAUUUUUCCAGUUGUUUUCCUAUAAUUGACUUCCAAUUUGAUUCAGUGUUGCCAGAGAAAACAUUGCACAUGAUUUAGAAUCUUUUAAAUUUGUUAAGUUUUAUUUAAUGAUCUGUGAUAUGGUCUAUCUUGCUGAUUAUUCAUGAGUCUUUGAAAUAAAAGUAUAUUCUGAUGUUGAAUGGAAUGUCCUCAAAGACAUUAAAUCUGUUAUCACAACAUCCCCUGUGGACACCCUCAUGACUACGUUAGAUACCUUAGAUUAUUUAUAUGUUCCUGCCAUAUUGUCCUUUUUGUCAUUAUGUAGUAGCUCUUUAAAAUAUUUGGAAUAAAAUAUUGAAUGCAAA